AUGGAUAUAGAAACGGCCAAGGAAACGGUGGAUCCUGCGGAUACCCCGGAUAUAGAAGUGGGUUCUGGACUGUGCCAGCCCUUGCGCCGUAGAUUUCGGCGACUUUUUACCGCCAAACAGCUUUACGAGUGUCUCCGUCCAGUUUUCCAUGUGACCUAUAUCCACGGCCUCACCUCCUUCUACAUCAGUUGCGACAGUAAAACCGGCAAGAGGACCGUCAAGAAGACCAUCUUUGGCUACCUAAAUGGCAUUAUGCACAUCGCCUUGUUUGUCUUUGCCUACAGCCUAACUAUUUUUAAUAACUGCGAGUCGGUGGCCAGCUAUUUCUUUCGCUCACGCAUCACCUAUUUCGGGGAUAUGAUGCAGAUUGUGAGCGGCUUCAUUGGAGUUACUGUCAUAUAUCUCACGGCCUUUGUGCCGAACCAUCGAUUGGAGAGGUGUCUUCAGAAGUUUCACACCAUGGACGUGCAACUCCAGACGGUGGGAGUUAAGAUCAUGUACAGCAAGGUGCUGCGAUACAGCUAUAUGGUCCUGAUCUCCAUGUUCCUCGUCAACAUUCUCUUCACCUGUGGAACCUUCUCGGUUCUAUACUCAUCGCUAGUAUCGCCCACCUUGGCCCUGCACUUCACGUUUCUUAUCCAGCACACGGUCAUCGCCAUAGCAAUUGCGCUCUUCAGCUGCUUCACAUAUCUGGUGGAGAUGCGACUGGUGAUGGUCAAUAAGGUCCUUAAAAAUCUGGCCCAUCAAUGGGACUCUCGUACACUUAAAGCAGUGACUCAAAAACAGCGUUCCCUUCAGUGCCUCGAUUCAUUUUCCAUGUACACCAUAGUAACAAAAGAUCCGGCUGAGAUCAUACAGGAAUCAAUGGAGAUCCAUCACCUUAUAUGCGAGGCCGCUGCUACGGCCAACAAAUACUUUACCUACCAACUGCUGACCAUUAUUUCUAUAGCCUUUCUGAUCAUCGUUUUUGAUGCGUAUUAUGUGUUGGAAACACUGCUGGGAAAAUCGAAGCGGGAGAGUAAAUUCAAAACCGUAGAGUUUGUGACGUUCUUCUCCUGUCAAAUGAUCUUGUAUCUGAUCGCUAUAAUAUCCAUAGUCGAGGGAAGUAAUCGCGCAAUCAAGAAGAGCGAGAAAACAGGAGGAAUAGUGCACUCCCUACUCAAUAAAACCAAAAGUGCUGAGGUCAAGGAGAAGUUGCAACAAUUUUCCAUGCAGCUGAUGCAUCUCAAAAUUAACUUUACCGCCGCAGGACUAUUUAACAUUGACCGCACUUUGUAUUUCACGAUCAGCGGGGCCUUGACCACUUAUCUCAUCAUCUUGCUGCAGUUCACCUCCAAUUCCCCCAACAAUGGCUAUGGGAAUGGUGGUUCCUGCUGUGAGACCUACAAUAAUAUGACGAAUCAUACGCUUUAGAUGUGUUUUCGGUGUCAUUACAAUGUGGGAAGCGAUAUGGGGGUCGAUGGAGCCGGU